AUGUACAGUAAACUACACGAACACAGAAUAGGACCCAGGAUUAUCGAUUUCAUUUUCCGACCUCGAUUACCAAUCAAAACAGGGAAUUUGGUUACAGAGAAAAGUGAAGUCGGAGGCGUAAGGUGUUUGGUGGCUGUUGUGGAGUUAGAAGGGGAAGAGAGUGGUGCAACGGGACUGCCUGUUGUCGUCAUUGCAGUUGUUAAAAUAGAAGAAGAUGAAGAUGAAUCAGUGUAUGCCUUUGUUUCUACUUUAAAUUUACAAAGAUAUAAGGAUUGUAAAUGUAUAAUGGAAAUGAAAGAGUUUUUACUAUCAAAGUGUCAAGAAAAAGAAAUAAAAGAAAAUUUAAAAUCAUAUUUUGGAGAGAAAGCAGCUGAUGUUGGACUUUUGAUCUGACAACGUGUUGUAAAUCUCCAUGCUCAGCUUCUGCCAUCAUUGUAUGAUGCUCUUUUUAAUAAAAUCACUCGAGCUACAGAAAAUGAGGUUAG